UGCUUGAAAAAAAAUCCCGGAAGAGAAUCAAAAGGAAAGCAAAUUAUUUACAGCGAUAUUAUCCCAAUGAAGAACACAUAAGCUACUGAAAAUUAAUAUAUAGGAUUUUUUCCCAGACAUGGCAGAUACAUUCAGUCUUCAAAAGGUUCUGGAAGCAUUCAGAUCAAGUAUGAGUGAGAAUAAGGAGGUUUACAUUAAAUAUUAUAUAGCAGGAUGGCAAGAGCUGGUCUCCUUCAUGAAUAGUUUAGGGAACGUGUUUUCCUUCAUCUCCAAGGAUGUGGUCAGCAAAAUCCAGAUCCUAGAGAACUUCCUCUCAGGAGAAAACGGGUCCUAUUAUGUCACCAUCCAGUCCAUGGUGAAGUAUGAGCUGGAGAAUGACCUGGUGGACCUCACCAAAAGAGGCAGCCACCCAGAAUCUGGCUGCCGCACUCUUCUGAGGCUCCAUCGGGCUCUGCGCUGGCUGGAGCUGUUCCUGGAGAGACUGCGAACCAGCAGCGAGGACGGCAAGACCUCCGUCAUGUGUUCUGAUGCCUAUAACGAGUCUCUGGCUCAGCACCACCCCUGGCUCAUCCGGAAAGCUGUCGGCGUGGCGUUCUGUGUCCUUCCGGGGCGGGACACAUUCUUUGAUGUGAUGAAUGCGGGGGAUCAAACGCAAGUGGUGGCUCUGUUGGGAGAGUCUUUGCCUCUCAUUGCUGAAGUCUACCAGAUCACAGAAGACUUGUAUGCGAAGAACAACCUCCUGGAGUUGCCGUAGAGGGGGGCUGAGAUGUAUUUUAAUCUUAACACUGAUUAAUACACAGUCCUUGUGGCACAUCUACAAACA